UCAAAUGCGCAGCCGACAGUUCGCCUCUGGUUCGAUAGUUCGAUAUGCCAUGAUGUAGCAGUAGCUGCAAGCAGUUCCUUGACUGUCGCAACUGCCGUGCCAUGCAACUCUUUCAAGUGCCCAGUCAAGUCUUCAUCACUCAGAUCUUGGAGGAUCUACUGUCCAUCGAAGACGUACAGCGGGUCUCCCAGGUUUCUUGGAAGACGUUGGAAGCUGUGCAGUGCUACGCUGCCGUGAUGAACUUUGCUUGGCCACGGCUGGAGCUGGGCUUGGGGAAGGGGAAGACGUCGUUGCGCCAGUGGAUGCCAGUCUAUGAGGCCCUGCUUUGCGCCGUCGCAACGCCGAAUUCAGGGUCCGUCAACAGCAACUUGAGACGCUUGAACCGUUUGAUUUCCUUCAAACAUACGCGGUACUGCAGCAACAGAGGCGAUUAUUUGAAACCCGUGCCUUGGCGCUUCAGAGCUGGCUCAAUGGAACCAUUCCUUCGGUUCAUGUGGAAAGAAUGCACCGCCGAGAAAGGAUCCGCCAACCCAGACAUUUGUGCUGCAACUUUUGUGGAAGUGCUGGGAGGUCAACCUACGUCCUUGCGAGAAAGGGAACCUUUGGCGGUCAUUGCUAUGGAUGCCACUUAUUGUGAAGAUGGGACAAAAGAUGAGUUUUUCAACAUGGCCGCGCUGGUCCUGCUGGAUGACUUAAAGAUUGCCUUGAUCUUAACGUGGGCCUUCGAAAUCACGGAGAAUGAAGGAUUUUUCAGCAUCCUAUUGGUUGGCGCUCGGCUGGAGGAGGUUUUGACGUACGCAUCAGAGAUCUUCGAUUCGCCAGUCUGGACCUGGGCAUCCGACCCACUGCCAGCGGCUCAUGGUCAGGACGAUGACGAUGUUGCGGAGUGGUUUGGCUUCGACAUGAGGAAAGUGGCUUCGUUUGAAGAUCGACAAGAACUGCUUGAGAAGAUUCCAGAAAUGAGAACUGCCAUGGAAUCAUCUCCUUUUCGAGACCUUGAGGACUUUGAGGAGUUGAUGCACAACUUGCGCCCAGAUGAUGUGCCGCGACAUCCAGCUGAUGAAAAGACAGCUGAAUGCAUGGCGAGGGCCGCUAUGAAUGGCCUGAUGGCAGGGCCUAUGAAGGUCAGUACAUUAACGACCUCAAGGAGGGAGAAGGCACCUUCCUUUGGGCAGAUGGGCGAAAGUUCACUGGGCAAUGGAAGGAUGGCAAACAACAUGGCGUCGGCGUCUUUCGAACUGCUCACGGUGAUCAACGCACUGGUGAGUGGAGGGAGG